ACAGAGAAGUCUUGGAGUCUAUCCCUGACAGGGAACUAGCCAGUGGAGUACAGGAUGUGGAUCUCAAUCAUGAGGAACUCCCAGUUCAGACUGUGUUGGGAGUGAAGUGGAGUGCGAACAGUGACACAUUCUCCUUUAAUGUUGCCCUGGAUGAGAAGCCAGUGUCACGGCGGGGAAUUCUCUCUACAGUCGCUUCUGUGUUUGACCCGCUAGGCUUCCUGGCUCCUUUCCUUCUGCUGGGAAAGAAAAUACUGCAGGAGAUGUGCCAAAAGGGCAUUGGAUGGGACGAACAACUGCCUGCAGAAUUAAAGCCUCGAUGGGAGAAUUGGCUGAACGAUCUACAGAAUCUGCAGAAACUCCAGAUCCCAAGAUGCUUUGUUCCUGAAAACCUAGGGAUGGUACAGAGGAUUGAACUGCAUCACUUCUCGGAUGCAAGUAGUUAUGGGUACGGUCAGUGUUCAUAUAUCCGAGUUGUGACAGAAGAUAAAGUGCAUUGCUCCUUAGUCAUAGGUAAAGCUAGGGUUGCACCCACCAAAGUUGUAACUAUAACUAGACUGGAGUUAACAGCUGCAGUGGUCUCCUCAGCAGUUGGCAGUAUGUUAAAGGAGGAGCUGGAGCUCAAGAUCGACCAAGAAUACUUUUGGACAGACUCACAGGUAGUCUUAGGCUACAUUAACAACGAGUCACGCAGGUUUCAUGUUUUCGUUGCUAAUCGAGUCCAACGAAUCAGAGAAACAUUUGAGUUGAUGAAUUCAUCGUGGUUCACUGGACCAAAAUUCCUGUGGGAAAGAGAAAUUGUCACCCAAAAGUCAACUCCACAGCUUAUGGUGGGAGAUCCAGAAGUCAAAGUAAUACAAGCACUACAGACAGAAGUCGAGGAGGAAAACUUUCUGGAAAGACUUGGGCGCUUCUCAAAAUGGCAUACAACGUUGAAUGUUGUUGCUCGAAUCCAGAAACUGGCAAAAAGAGCAAAAACAGCAGAACCCAUAAGUGUAGAAGACAGAAGGAAAGCCAGUCUUGUACUUGUGAAGUUAGCUCAAAAGAAUGCCUUCAAAGAGGAAAUACAAAUGCUGAAUCAUGGUAAACUGCCACAAAACCAUCAGUUGUUCCAGCUUGAUCCGGUAAUGCAAGACGGUGUUCUCAGAGUGGGAGGGCGAUUAAAGAAGGCCUCCUUACCUCAUGACUUGAAGCAUCCGGUAAUCUUACCAAGAGAUGGGGUUAUUACACCUCUGAUCAUAGGUUACUGUCAUGAAAAAGUCAGCAUCAAGGCAGAGGACAGACUCUUAAUGAGCUCAGAGCACAUGGUUACUGGGUAGUGGGUGGCAGCAAAAUUGUGGCAAGCUACAUCAAACAAUGUGUCACAUGCAGAAGAGCUCGCAGACCUACAGAAACACAAAAGAUGGCAGAUCUACCUCCUAACCGUGUCGAUCCCUCACCACCAUUCUCCUUCUGUGGGAUGGAUUGUUUUGGGCCCUUUCUGACUAAACAGGGUCGUAAAGAGCAUAAGAGAUAUGGUCUGAUAUUCACCUGUCUGUCCUCAAGAGCAAUCCACAUUGAAAUAUUAGAAGAUCUAACAACUGAUGCCUUCAUAAACGCACUGCGAUGUUUUAUAGCUAUUCGUGGAGCUGUAAGACAAAUCAGGUCAGAUCGAGGGACAAAUUUUGUUGGGGCUAAAAAUGAACUCACAAAGGCCUUUAAAGAAGUUGAUAAAGACAGGCUGACGUCUUACCUGGCUGAGAAACAUUGUGACUUUAUCAUGAACGUACCUGAUGCUAGUCACAUGGGAGGGGUUUGGGAACGGCAGAUAAGGACAGUUAGGAGCGUCCUCAGCUGUGUCCUCUCCAAGAGUGCUGGAAGAUUAGAUGAUGCUUCUUUAAGAACAUUUUUCUAUGAAGCGAUGUCAAUAGUAAACAGUCGUCCCCUCACUACUGACAGCAUCAAUGAUCCCAAAAGUCUAGAACCACUUACUCCAAACCAUUUGCUGACCAUGAAAAGCUCUGUUCCGCUUCCUCCUCCAGGAAAAUUUGUGGCAGAAGAUGUGUAUGCCAAGAAAAGGUGGCGCAGGGUACAGUACCUGACAGAACAAUUCUGGAGUAGAUGGAAGAAAGAGUAUCUGACAAACAUUAUCCUCAGACAACGCUGGCACUCUGCAAGGCGUAAUGUGCAGAUUGGCGAUAUAGUCAUUGUCAAAGAAGAUGAGGUGCCCCGUAAUGAGUGGAGAAUUGGCAGGGUACUAGAUGUGUGUAAAGAUGAAGAUGGGUCAUGCGUAAAGUUACAAUACAAAUGGGAAACAGAAAGCUCAAGAAAGAGGGUCAAAGACUUACUAGCUCAUCCAUUUUUGAGCGACCUAUUCAUAAGUUAGUUGUACUUGUAGAAAACAAUUAAAAUUGUUGUAAUGGAACUAAUAUCUAAGAACCUACAAGUAAGGAGAGUUUAAAGUGGCAAUGUUGACCUGCGAGGUAUAAAAUACCAGUUGUUUAUUUCUGGAAAUUACUAGAUUUAUUCAAAUGCUUCCAUAAAUGUGUCAUAAAUCAUAGUAAUUUGAUGGGAGUGUAACUGUCUGAGGGACAGUGUUAUAAAGAUUUGCUCGUUUGGUCUAUAUUUCUGAUAAUUUCAUAUUUAAAAAACAUUAAAAAUCUAAUAAAUAAGAGUUUAAAAAGGGGAUGUUCAAUUUAAAAUUGUACAAAAAUAUUUUACUUUAAAAUAAGUGGGUUUGAAUGUUGUUCUGUAGUACAAAUGUCAUUUUUGUAUGUGGAGGUCAAAUGACCAGAGUUUAAUGAAGGCCACACCUGUUGCAUUGUGGGUCGAAGACAGAUAGAGAGCAAACGUGGCCGCAGAGACACAUGUACGGCUUCAAAUUAAGAUUAUGCACGGUUCAAGAGGCGCACACGUUUUCACGGUGUCUUACGAUAAAACGUGGAAAUAAAUGAACAAGGACAUCUGUAUGAUGCGUGGCCUUACUCAAUUGGACCAGUGUAUUUACACAGACUUUUUUUCGGCGUACGCCAUUUUGGGCUUUUGGGCGUACGUACACUCAUAGUAAGGAUCCUACGCACAGUUUUAUAAAUGAGACCCCUGGCUCUGUAAAUGGGGAACAAACAAAGUAUCUCGGGCUGAGCCACACAAGACUAUUCCGUUCAUGCUCGUGGACAGAACAAGGAAGAGGCCAUGGAUGUAUAAAGAGAACGGCAGUGAGAGAGACAGUCGAUAAGUAACAGUUGCAUUCAUCCAGCAGACACAGAGGAACUUAAGCAUUCAUUUGAGUCGCGUUUGAGUCCUUCUGAUGUAUGUGAGAAUAUUAUUCACUCUCCUUUUAACUCUCUUUUGGUCUCCACCAACUCCUGAGGGAUGUACUGCAGCUCUUUAGAGGCUAAAUGCUCCACUAUGUUCACCAGCUAGUCGCUAACUGGUCGCAUACAGUGGGUUUCUGGAGCUUUUUUAUUUUCUGGAGACUGAAACAGUAAAGUUAAGAGCUGUAAAACCAAAAACAAGGAGCUGAAAUAUGCUAUAAAAGCUCCACAAAAGUGAGGUGUCCUGCAGAAUCAAGUAAUAAUCUUCUGGUUUUUCACCAUGAGUAACACCUUUAAAGUUACAAAUGGUCACUUGAUCCAUUGUUAAUAUAAAAAUAUUGAUUACAGCAGUUGUAACAAUAAGUUGCAAUUCAGGAAAAGAUUUGUGACUUUAUGGACUAUGAGAAUCACGUGAGAGAAAAUGUAAUCAUUAGCAGCAAAAAGAGAUGAGAAUAAAUACAUUUGCGAAGCCAAGCUGACUGUGAAGUCUCAAGGCCAAAGGAACAUUUUUAACAGUGGUAUGGCAGACAGUGAAGAAGGCUUUGUAUGCUUUACCAAAUAAUAAGUGAUCAAAACCUGCCAUGCAAUUUUAAGAAAGAACGAAGAGGCAGAAUUUGAGAAACCACAACACAACUCUGUAAAAAAGUGUAAGAAACCACAGCAAAGUGCAUAAAAAUCCUCAUCAGACAUUCUGACACACACAACAAAGUAUCGCAUGACAGUAUGUAUUAAAUGUGUCAGGGUCUGACAAAAGUUGGCUAGUAGUGUUAACAUAACCAUGUUUGAUUCCAUGUUAACCAAGAUGGAUGAGGUGGUGGGUGAGGUGUCAUUAUGACUACAGCUGAAGGUGGUUGUGAAGUGGUGGAAUGCUCUUUGCCAGAGAAAUCCACCGGACCGAACCGAUCCCUGGCUGUGCUGACACAGCUGGUUCCAGGCACAGACACCCCAACGCCAUGCUCGGCUCCAGGAAUGUUCCGGGCCUCGCUGGAGAAACCAUAACAAGUGCAGGAAAUAGAUUAGUGCACUCUAGGUUCCACGCCGGCCGCAAACCUCCUGAGCCCAACCUCUCCAAACCCACAUGUGUGGGAACAGAAGACACAGCAGCGGAGGGAGAAAGACCCCCAUCCAGACGUGAGUGCAGAUUCCAGGAGGACCUGCUGCUUAUUAUCAUGAUUGGCCCUGACUCCUACCUGCUGACCAACAUGCCUCCAGUAAAAAUCACUACAGUAGUACCACCCAGGAAUGCACGGCAGGAGAGCCAGUGCAGGAUGGUGGUAAAUGUCAUUUAUAUAAAAUAUGGUGUCACUUGUAAAUGUAAACUCACUGAAUUGUGAGAAAUACAUAUUCUAAUAUAC